CAACUAUCGUCAUUGUAUCAGGAACAAUACAUAUUAUCAGCGAAUGUGGCCACCACAAAACUAAUAGGCACACAAACGGAAGAAAGAAAGGCAGGAUAUUAUGUUUCGUUUAGUAGUCAUUUGUAUUUCACCGAACCAAACAGAAUACUUGUUCGCGACGAAAUUUUCGCUUGCUGUAGAUGUCAAAUUGACACUCGGAUAGGAUUCGAAGAAAACACCUUCUUACAGAGCACUGAUGACCGAAGGAUGUACUAUCAUACUGUGGAAGCAUACUUCAACAAAGCUGCUGUUUUAACACAGGAUUACGUUUGAAAAUGCCCCACUACUUCAAAUCAGCCCCUAUUACUGAUGAUGGCAAUGAAAGAGAAGAUGAUGUGAGGCGGCUUGAGCUAAUAUCAAUAUCAAUGCACAGCAUUUCUUGCUUGCAGCAUAUCAAUUUUCGGGAAAAGCAGAACAUUCGGCAUUUUGUAAAAGAUCGAUUAUUGAAUUCUUUGACGAGAUAAAUUCAUUUUAUGACAUCAAUUCAAGAAAUAACGGAACUUUACCAGAGCACCAUAAAGACUUGUGGGCAGAGACG